GGCCGCGGCCCCAGUAACUUCCCAGUCGUCCGAGUCGAGAGCGCCGGCUUCGGGGUCCUCUUGCUCGCCCACCUUCCCGGGGAGCGCGGCUCGGGGCGCGAUCCGGGCGUUCCCUCCCCACGCUCCCGCCGCGCCCCUCCACGCCCCCCGCGCGGCCGGCCGCCGGCGCAGGUCCAGAGCUAGCCGUCUGCGGCUCUGCGCCCGGGCCCGGGGACUGCUUGGCGAAGUUGGGGCGAGGCGGGACGGGUAUGCGCCAUCACCAUGGCCGGGCUGGGCUCGUGGCUCGUCGUGGCGGCGCUGGUCACGGUGGGCCUUUACUUGGCGCAGUGGGCGCUGGCCGGGGCGCACCCCCGGUCCCAGCGGCGGGCGGCGGAGCCUGGCGGAGGACAGCGCCCCGAGUCGGACGCGCUGCUCUCCUGGAUCUUGACGCUGGACAGCUGGAGGAGCCAGUGGCAGGCGGCCUGGGUGGCUGCCCUGAACCAUGAGGCCGAGAGGAAAGGGGGCCCGCUGCUCCUCGCCUUUGAGGUGGACCCCAGGCAGCAGCCACUGGAGCUGGCGGUACAAGAGGUGUCCAGUGUGGGCAGGUCGGCUGGGGAGAAGGUGGUGGUCUGUCAUGCUGUGGGCCGAGCAGCCCAGUUCUCCGUCAGCGCGGGGCCCGCCUCGGCUUUGGGUGUGGGACGCCAGCCGUAUGAUGUGUGGCUGUCCCCAGUCCAUCUGCGGCUGGAGCUCUGCGUGCGAGAAGGGAGAGAGGACAUCCAGAUCAGGUGGUCCUUCAUCAGUGGGCCGGAAAUGGCCAUUAAGGUCCAGCCCAAAGCCCAGGGGGAGGACCGGGUGGUUGAGACGAAUGCAGUAGCUGACACUCUCAAGGAUAUUUUAAAGUGUUUGGUUGGCUCUGCCUCCCCGUCAGUGGUUCUGAGCACCAGGCCCGUGAACGUGAAGGAGGUUCAGGACCUCCAGCAUGCUGCCUCUUCUGCCCAGGACCCCUGCCCGCCUAAACCUCCCCGGGCGCACGAGCUGAAGCUCCUAGUGAAGGGCAUCCGUGCCUCGCUGCUGAAUGGUCCUGGCGCUUCAGGCACCACUAACACAGUGUGCACAGCUCAGCUGAAUGACCCGGUUCAGAGGUUCUCCAGUACCCUAGCAAAAAACACCAGUGACCUGACUUGGGAAGAAGAAUUCACCUUCGAGUUGAAUGCCAAGUCAAAGGAGUUACACCUGCAGAUAUUGGAGGCAGAGCCAUCCUCAGAAGGUCUGCUGGCCGUGGCGACGGUUCCUUUAGAUUUGUUUAAGAAGCAGCCUUCUGGACCACAGAGCUUCACACUGAGCAGCGGGCCGGCCGCUGGCAGCUCAGUGUUGGGUUCGGUCACAGCAGAGUUCUCUUACAUAGAACCCGGUGAACAGAAGUCCUGGCAGGCCCCUCCCUCUGCCCCUGCCGCGAAGAUCGAGAAGGACCGCACCGUGAUGCCCUGUGGGACCAUAGUCACCACCCUCACUGCCGUGAAGACCAAGCCUCGCUUCGAUGUGGGGAGGGCGUCCCCGCCGAGCUCGGGUGAGGCCCUGGAGCGCAGCCUCCCUGGGAGCUCUGUGUAGGCGUGUCCCCUUGCCCAUGUAAGUUUUAGUCUUGCUAACGGAUGCAACAUGGCCUUCUCUCUGGCAGAACUGCUGGUGCUGAACGGCUCAGACCCAGUGGCUGAGGUGGCCAUUCGACAGCUCAGUGAGUCUUCAAAGCUGAAACUCAAGUCUCCUCGGAAGAAAAGUACGAUCAUCAUAUCAGGUGUCUCCAAGACCUCACUAUCUCAGGACCACAGUGCUGCCCUGAUGCAUGACUACGCAGCCUCCUUGGACAGCGCCCACCAGGAGGACACCUCGGCUCACCUGGACGUGGCCACGGCCUCUGCCCUGCCUGAGGAGGACGAGCCAGCCCAGGCCCCCCUGGCCCUCGAGCCCCAGGAGAAUGAACUGGACUCCUGGGACCUGGAGAAGGAGCCUCAGGCAGCGUGGAGCAGCCCCGCCCCACUGGACCCCGACGGGGAUGAGCUGUCGGAGAGCUCCCUGAGCGCCUCAGAGCUGGGUGCUGCCAAGAAGCGUAAAGGAGGAAUCCUAAGGAAAAGCGCCAAGCUCUUCUUCCGCCGGCGGCAUCAACAGAAAGACCCAGGCAUGAGCCAGUCACACAAUGACCUCGUGUUCCUGCAGCAGCCGGAGGGGGCCCGGAGGAAGGGGGGGACCUUCACCAGGAUCCUGAACAAGAAGCUGCUGUCCAGGCACAGAAGCAAGAGCACCAUGAAUGGGGCGCCCUCAAGCCCCACACACAGCCCCAAGCUCGGCACCUCCUUGGAGCCAGAAGACGUGGAUCCACAUUAACUACCCCCACCAGCACCAAACGAGAGUGGCGCUAGCUGUCCGAGGUCCACCUGUCACGCUGGGUUUUCCCAACAAUCUGGUCUUUUAAAGGGGAAAAAAAAUCUUGAGUCUCCAGCGAGGAGGCUCCCUGCAGAGAAGACUGAAAAAGCCCAAUUUGCCACCAGAUGCCAAAUAAGACCGAAUAGCCCCACAGCUUGGGCUUUAUUUAAGAGCUCAGGCUGAACAUUAAAAGGGAGUUACAUUGAGUAGAGUAAUGUGCUCUAAUGCACCGUGGCGGGCAGGUUUGGGGUACCUGCUUUGCCCUCUGACAAGUGUUUUGGGCCCUUGCCUGCACUGUGUCACAAAGAGAAGGUGCCUCGCUGUGCUGUCACUGUGAACGGGCUGGAUGGGUCACCUCUCCUAAUUUGCUGCUUGGAAUAAAAAGUGCAGCUGGCCCUGAGUGCAGGGAGGUGGGACAUAGGCAGGUUUUUUUGAUAAAUAGAGCAAUUAUGCUAGAUGGAGAUGCUCCAGCAAGUGUGUUCACACGUCUGCCUUUAAUGUUAGCCACAGGGCGUGAACACACAAGCAAACACUACCUGCAUCCUAUGCAGACACAUCAUGUGGACGCUUCUCUAAGUUUACUUUGAGCCUACUUACAAGUGGAAGAUCAUUCAUUCCUAUGUGGUUUUUAUAUUCUCUGUCACGUCAGAGGCCCUCACACCACCAUCGGGGCGGUUGACGCCCAGAUUUGUCUGUUUUUCCUGUCUGUCACACUUGCUAAACACGGACACAGCCAGCCUGUCAAGGGAAAGUGGAGCAGUAAGAGAGAGCUCAGGGAACCUGGGAACACGCGGUUUCUGCCAAAUGCCGCCGAAAGCCAACACUGAGAGCUUUUAGGGCAAUCGAGAAAAUUAUUUUGUGUCUCAGGUGUCUUAGGAAGAGAAGUUUAAGAACAGCUGGUGGCUUGGCACCCAUAACACAGUGGUUAUGGCACCAGCCACAUACA